CUUAGAGACUAGGGCUUUUCAGAUUCUUGUAUUCUUGGCUGGAUUGAUGCCAAACCCGGAACUAACUACUCCGGUUGCAUUGUGUGUGAAUACAGAAGAUAUUGUCUACAUGAUUACCUAUGGUCUUGGUGCUGCUGCAAGCACAAGGGUGUCAAAUGAGUUGGGAGCUGCAAAUGUCAGUCGAGCUAAACAUGCCAUGGUUUUGACUCUCAAGCUCUCUGUCCUCCUUUCGAUUACUGUAGUUCUUACUCUAGCCUUUGGUCAUAACAUUUGGGCUAGAUUCCUCAGUAACAGCUCAGAAAUAACAAAAGAGUUUGCCUCUUUGACUCCUUUUGUUGCUACCUCAAUAGCAGUUGAUCCAAUGCAAGGUGUCUUAUUAGGUUAUGGUUCAGGAGUGACAAGAGGAUGUGGUUGGCAGAAGUUCACUGUGUGGCUUAACCUGGCAGCAUUCCAUUUCAUUGGCAUGCCAAUUGCUCUACUUCUUGGAUUGUGA